AUGACGGAGUGGACCCUACUCAAACGUCUCCUGGAUGCCGUCCACCAGCACUCCACAAUGAUCGGUCGCCUGUGGCUCACUGUUAUGGUCAUUUUCCGGCUGCUCAUUGUUGCCGUGGCGACUGAAGACGUGUACACCGAUGAGCAGGAGAUGUUUGUGUGCAAUACGCUGCAGCCGGGAUGUUCCACUGUCUGCUAUGAUGCAUUUGCGCCCAUCUCGCAGCCUCGCUUCUGGGUCUUUCACAUCAUCAGCGUCUCCACACCGUCGCUGUGCUUCAUCAUCUACACAUGGCACAACCUGUCCAAGCUGCCCUACAAUGCCAUUGGACGGGAGGCCUAUGAUCGGAGCUGCGAUUCAGACAGCUGCUCCAUCCGCUCCCACAAGCAUCUGGGUCACAGCCUGGAUGGGAUUCCAGAGGGUCACGUGGUCUCUGGAGGGGUUCUGUCCAAGUGUUACGUCUUCCAUGUGUGUUUACGUGCUGUUUUGGAGGUGGGCUUUGUUGUGGCCCAAUGGAAGCUGUUUGGCUUUGAGGUGCCUGUCCAUUUUCUGUGUUCCUCAGCCCCCUGCAGCCAUCCAGUGGACUGCUACGUCUCCAGGCCCACAGAGAAGACCAUCUUCUUGCUCUUCAUGUUUUGCGUGGGGGUUUUCUGCAUCCUACUCAACCUACUGGAGCUCAACCACCUGGGCUGGAAGAAGAUCCGUCAGGUGGUGAGGCUGAGCGAGAAGGCGUCCUGGGGAGGUUGUCCAGGUAUGAGAGGGGGAUAUGAAACCUUCCCACCAGACAGUCCCUCUCUCACGUCUUCGAUGGGCUUCAGGGAUAUGACCAGCACCACAUCCCUGCCCACUUUGGACCUGGUGGUGGGUCACCAGCCCAACUGGACCUGUGCUGCCAACUGUAGCAGAAUGCAGGAGACUCAGGAGGCCAGAGAGACGAGACCAGAGCAACCAAAGAGACAAGACUGCCAGAAAGGAGAGAGGCAGCCUCUGAAGAAGCAGGAGAUCAGGGGGUCCAAACAAAGGAGUGCUGAGGUCUGGAUAUAA